UCGCGCGUGCGCAGGCGCUUGGCGCAGGGGCCUGCCGGAAGCCAAGAUGGCGCGUAAGUGGUCCUCUGUCCGCAGUUGGCGCCUUAUCAGUAUCUAAGAAGGUUGUUUUUGAAAGUGCUGUGGCAAACGCCCUACCUGCCGCCAUGGCCCGGCAUCGGAAUGUCCGGGGCUAUAACUACGACGAAGAUUUUGAAGAUGAUGAUUUCUAUGGUCAAUCUGUAGAGGAUGAUUAUUGUAUUUCGCCAUCAACAGCUGCUCAGUUUAUUUACUCACGACGUGACAAGCCUUCAGUUGUUGAGCCCGUAGAAGAGUAUGAUUAUGAAGACCUGAAAGAUUCUGCCAGUUCUCUUUUGAACCAUCAGCUAAGUGGAAUUGAUCAAGCUCGUCUUUAUUCAUGCCUUGAUCACAUGAGAGAGGUACUUGGAGAUGCUGUGCCAGAUGAAAUAUUGAUUGAAGCAAUUCUGAGGAACAAAUUUGAUGUGCAGAAGGCUUUGUCAAUGGUUCUGGAACAAGAUAACACGCAGAAUUUGAAGGGAAAGAGUGAGAGAGCAAUAUCUACAGGAAAGACAGUAAAAGGAAAAUCAGUAGGAUCUCAGUCAUCUCGAAGUGAAUCUGAAAUUGUGCCAAAAGUUGCUAAAAUGACUGUAUCUGGAAAGAAGCAAACUAUGGGAUUUGAAGUACCUGGAGUAACUUCUGAAGAAAAUGGUCAUAGUUUCCAGACACCUCAAAAAGUACCUCCUGGUGAAGAUACCAGCAUUGCUUCUUCUGAUGUUCUUGACACCGUUUCUAAAUCAUCUCUUCCACCUCUCAACAUUCAAACCUCAGAAGAACAGAGUUUGACACCAACACCAAUGAAAAAGGCUGGCAAGCUGAGACAGCAAAUAGAUGUGAAAGCAGAACUGGAGAAACGGCAAGGCGGGAAGCAACUCCUCAACCUGGUGGUCAUUGGUCAUGUUGAUGCUGGGAAAAGUACCCUGAUGGGCCAUAUGCUUUAUCUUCUGGGUAAUGUAAACAAAAGAACAAUGCAUAAAUAUGAACAAGAAUCUAAAAAGGCUGGCAAGGCUUCGUUUGCAUAUGCAUGGGUCUUGGAUGAGACUGGUGAAGAAAGGGAAAGGGGAGUAACAAUGGAUGUUGGUAUGACAAAGUUUGAAACUACGACUAAAGUUAUUACAUUAAUGGAUGCUCCAGGCCAUAAGGAUUUCAUUCCAAAUAUGAUUACAGGAGCAGCCCAGGCAGAUGUAGCCGUUUUGGUCGUAGAUGCUAGCAGGGGAGAGUUUGAAGCUGGAUUUGAGACUGGAGGACAAACACGAGAACAUGGCCUUUUGGUCCGAUCUCUCGGGGUGACACAGCUUGCAGUUGCAGUCAAUAAAAUGGAUCAGGUUAAUUGGCAACAAGAAAGGUUUCAAGAGAUAACUGGAAAACUUGGGCACUUUCUUAAGCAAGCAGGUUUUAAGGAGAGCGAUGUAGCCUUUAUCCCUACAAGUGGUCUCAGUGGUGAAAAUCUAAUCACAAGAUCUCAGUCAAGUGAACUCACCAAAUGGUAUAAAGGACUGUGUUUGUUAGAACAAAUUGAUUCCUUCAAGCCUCCUCAGCGAUCUAUUGACAAGCCUUUUAGAUUGUGUGUGUCAGAUGUCUUCAAAGAUCAAGGAUCUGGAUUUUGUGUUACUGGUAAAAUUGAAGCUGGUUAUAUUCAGACUGGUGACCGACUACUAGCAAUGCCUCCUAAUGAAACUUGUACUGCAAAAGGAAUCACGCUGCACGAUGAACCUGUUGAUUGGGCAGCAGCAGGCGAUCAUGUUAGUUUGACUUUGGUUGGGAUGGAUAUCAUCAAAAUCAAUGUUGGCUGCAUAUUUUGUGGCCCCAAAGAACCCAUCAAAGCUUGUACUCGUUUCAGAGCCCGAAUUCUCAUCUUUAAUAUAGAAAUUCCUAUCACUAAAGGAUUUCCUGUGCUGUUACACUACCAAACUGUCAGUGAACCUGCUGUUAUCAAACGAUUGAUUAGUGUCUUAAACAAAAGCACUGGUGAAGUCACAAAGAAAAAGCCUAAGUUGUUGACUAAAGGUCAAAAUGCAUUGGUAGAGCUACAAACACAAAGACCAGUAGCCCUCGAGCUCUACAAAGACUUCAAGGAGCUGGGGCGGUUCAUGCUGCGCUAUAGUGGUUCUACAAUUGCUGCUGGUGUCGUCACUGAGAUAAAGGAAUGAUGUUUCUGAAUUUCUACCAUGAUUCCAAAUGGAAUAAAAUACCUAACCACUGAUUUUAAAGAAUCCUGUUAUGAAGUUAAAGAAACAAUGUGCAAUUGAUAUUUUUUUAAUGAGAAAGAAAAAUUAAAGCUAUCAAUAGCUACAAAGAAGUAUUAAUUAUCACUCCUGCAAAAUUUCAAACUGCCAACAAGAAAAGAAAGGCUAAUAUUGCACUUUCAUUUAAAAACCCAUCUUUCAUACUUGGCAAGUGGAUUUACUUUGCUAAGAUUGAUGGGAAGUAUCAGAAAUAGUAUUAGAAGAUAUUGAAAUUAUCAUGAUAUAGACUCUACUUCCAGCCAAACCACAAACUAUUUGCAGUUUUCUCUUUUCAUUCAAUUUUACUGCACAUGUUUUAAGGAAAAGAACAAAACUGGGCUUUUGAUGUAGUAGAUAUUUGAGUUAACCUUUUUUUUAGUUAACGCUAAGAUUUGCUGAAGGCUAUAGUAAAGGUAUUUUUUGUUGAGCAUAAAAAUAUACCCCCUUCAGCAAGUCAACUUUUGAAGGUAUUGUUUUGAAUUAGUGGAAGCUGCUCAUUUGGUGACCAAGAUUUUAUUUAAGUUGUAAAACCAGCUAAUAAAAUGCCUUAGUUUAAGCAUAAUA